AUGCUCUUGAUUCUAGGAAAAAGUGUACUGUGGCUAACAGAUUUUUUUGAAGGUUUUUUUGCAGGUCAUUGGCGGUCAUGUCCUCACGAAGCAGGUCUAGCUUCAAAGCUCAAUAACCUCCAGAACGAUCUAUCUUCAGUACAGCUAGUUAAUGGAGCUGACACAUGGGAGUCCUCCUUGGAUAAAUAUAAAGCUUUCAAAGUAUGUGAUAUAAGGUGGAAAGUUGAUGGUCAAUACGGAAUAACUCAGAAUAUUCCCACAAUCAAAUGGAGCAAGGAAGUCCCAAACAAGGUUAACUGCUUCUUAUGGCGAGUAAUUCAAAAGAGUAUUGCUUCCAUGUCGGGCCUGAGAGCUAGAGGUAUCGAGACUCAAACUACUAUGUGUGGUGCAUGCAUAAAUGAAGAAGAAGAUGCCGAUCAUAUUUUGGUAAGGUGUCCGUUUGCAAAAAGUGUGAGGGAUAAAAUCUUCAAUUGGUGCGGUAUACAAAAUCAGUCAUUCAAUAGCAUUGACGAACUACUCGGAUUUGUUGAAAAUUGGGGGAAGAGGCCUAAAAUGAAAGCUAGGUUCCAUACCAUUUGCUAUGGUCUAGUUUGGAAUUGA